GCCUGCUCUGCUUCGCGGCUGAGGCUGCUGCCUGCGGAAAAGCUGGAGGAUGAGCUGAAUCUCCGCAGUUGUUAAACUUGUCUCCAGCGCUAACCACAAGGGUGUGGUGUCUUCCUGAAGAACAUUGUACUUUAAAAGGAAAGAUGCUGUCUCCAAAUGAUAAAAAGUUAGUAAAGCUGGAUCCAUUUUACCGACCUUCACUGUCCAAGCAGAAGACCAGUGCAGAAAUCAUAACUGAAGCACGAAAUGCCUUACGAACUGUUAGGACCCAAAGACCAUUUACACCACGGGAAGACCAAAGAAAACUAUUUGGGCCUGCAUCUUCAAGAACACCAGAAAGCAGACCUCCAUCCUCCUUCAGCGUCCAUGCAUCCAGUUUUGAGUUCUCUGAUUCCAGGCCCAUCUCUGGCACACGUCUCAGUCCACUGGAGUUUAAACCGAAAGCUCCAGCAUCUCCUGACACAGUGGAAGAUUUCUGCCUUUCCUUUCCUAAACCCCCAGUGGACCCCGCGAAGAUUAGAAGAAUAAGCAGUGCCCGGGCGCGUUUAUUCAGGGCGGCCUCCCAGGGAGCUCUUCUGCCAGCCAGGACCCUUCUUCCCACUCAGUCAAAGAGAGUGGUAUCCGAAGAAACAGUUAUGACAAGGAACUCUGUGGUGAAAAUAAAUGGGAUUUACUUAACAGAAUCGAAGGCCACUGGCAACUUAAAGAGUCACCCACUUCAGCUAACAUAUGAUGGAGACUUCAGUAAAAUCACGGAGCAAGAAAUGUUUAAAGGGGCGACGUCCUUGCCAUUUCAUCUCAGAAGUGGAGGAGACCAGGGGAAGAGGCGUCCGAGGGCCUCCUCAAGCUCCCGCAGCCCAGACCAGAGCAGGCUGGACAUCAGAGCAGGCUCAAAAGCUGACUUGCAAGAAAAGAAUACAGAAAUAGAAGUAGAUGAAGUAUUUUGGAACACAAGGAUUGUACCCAUUUUGCAUGACUUAGAAAAAGAAGAAAACAUUGAAAUGGUCUGUACUGCUUGCACACAACUUCAUCAUGCUUUAGAGGAAGGAAACAUGCUUGGAAAUAAAUUUAAGAGAAGAAGUGUUCUCCUGAAGACCCUAUAUAAACUAGUUGAUGUUGGCUCCGACUUGCUGAGCCUUAAACUUGCAAAAAUUAUUCUAGCACUUAAAGUGAGUGGAAAGAAUCUUCUUAAUGUUUGCAAACUUAUAUUUAAAAUUAGCAGAAGUGAGAAGAAUGAUUCUCUGAUUCGAAAUGACAGCAUUCUGGAAUCAUUAUUGGAGGUCCUGAGAAGUGAAGACCUGCAAGCUAACACCGAAGCUUUCCUGUACUGCAUGGGGACCAUCAAAUUCAUUUCUGGAAAUCCAGAAUUUCUUCAUGAAAUGAUUGGCAAAGGUGCUGUUGAGAUAUUGAUGAAUCUGAUAAAGCAAGUAAACGAGAACACCAAGAAAUCUGGGACAUGUUUGCCUAAUUCAGGCCACUUGUUAGUCCAAAUGACUGCUACACUGAGAAACUUGGUUGAUUCGCCACUAGCAAGAAGUAAGUUGCUAAGCAUCAGUGCUCUUCCCCAGCUCUGCACAGUAAUGGAACAGCACAUAGGUGACAAGGAUGUCUGUACCAACAUUGCCAGAAUAUUCAGCAAACUUACUUCUUACCAUGACUGCUGUGUAGCCUUGGCCAGCUAUUCCAGAUGUUAUGCCUUGUUUUUGAAUCUGAUAAACAAAUACCAGAAGAAGCAGGAUUUAGUUGUUCGCAUUGUUUUUAUUCUUGGCAACCUGACAGCGAAAAAUAACCAGGCUCGUGAGCAGUUUUCCAAGGAGAAAGGGAGCAUCCCAACUCUGCUGUCUUUAUUCCACACAUUCUACAAACUGGAUCUGCAUUCUGGGAAGCGCUGUGGGGAAGGAGACGAGCGUCCCAAGGCACCGAGGCCGGCCCAGGCAGAGGACGUGCUCAUCAAACUGACCCGUGUGCUCGCCAACCUGGCCAUCCACCCAGGCGUGGGCCCAGCCAUCGCCGCCCACUCGCACAUCGUGGGCCUUCUCCUCGCCACACUGGAAUCCAAGUCAAUUGAUGAUUGUGAGGAGCUGGUGAUCAACACUACAGCAACUAUCAACAACUUAUCUUACUACAAAGUGAAGAAUUCCAUAAUUCAAGACAGAAAGCUAUAUAUUGCUGAAUUGCUCUUAAAGCUCCUCGUGAGUAACAACAUGGAUGGAAUCCUGGAGGCUGUGCGUGUUUUUGGAAAUCUCUCCCAGGACCAUGACAUCUGCGAUUUCAUAGUGCAGAAAAAUGUCCACAAGUUCAUGAUUGCUCUGCUGGAUGCUAAGCAUCAGGAUAUUUGCUUUUCUGCCUGUGGUGUUCUCCUAAACCUCACCGUGGACAGAGACAAGAGAGUCAUCCUAAAAGAAGGAGGUGGCAUUAAAAAGUUAGUGGAUUGUUUAAGAGAUUUUGGGCCUACUGAUUGGCAGCUGGCCUGCUUGGUUUGCAAAACGCUAUGGAACUUCAGUGAAAACAUCACCAAUGCUUCAUCCUGUUUUGGAGAUGAGGCUGCCAACACACUCUUAGCCUUGCUGUCAUCAUUCUUAGAUGAAGAACUAGCAUUGAAUGGGAGUUUUGACCAAGACCUAAAAAACUAUCACAAACUCCACUGGGAAACAGAAUUCAGACCGGUGGCACAGCAGCUUCUAAACCGAAUUAAGAAUCAUCACACCUUCCUGGAACCUCUGCCUAUUACUUCUUUCUAACAUGAUGCAGAUUAACAACAGAAACAGGAAGUCAGGUCUCCAUCAUUCUUAAGAAGUGGUAACAAGCAUGAACUUUUUUCUUCAAUAUUAACAAAUAUUCAAAGUUUUUCAGGUACUUAUUUUAGUGAGUAGUCUUAGUGUAUUAAAAGAAAUAAGCAUUUCUUGUCAGGUAUUGUGGAAAAAUGAAUAUACAUGUUGUGCUUCCUAUUAUGAGAAAUUUAAGAUGAAAAUAUAUUCAUGGUAUUUCUAAGUAAAUGAC